AUGGAAGGCGCAGGAGGACCGGCAGGGUCGGUGGACGGCCAGACAGGGUCCUCGAGGUCCGUCAUCCUGGUCCCUGCACCUCAUACGCGCCCGCUGACGACUCAGCAGGCUCACGAUCUCAUCAAGCGCGAAGUCUUCCAGCUUCCCUCGCCCUUUCCCCUCCUGCUCCUCUACUCCGCCUCGACUCGCCCAACCACCUCCGCGCAACCCUUCGAGACUCACGAAGGACCGACUGCACAAUCAACGGUCUCUCCUUAUUGGGGGAACAAAGCCAGCUGGGAUGUCGAGGUCGAGAAGGGGACUUGGGCGAGGAUUCGGGUGCAUGACCGGUCGAAGUGGAACAAGCGCGGGCAGGGUUAUUUGGGCGAGGUGACGCUCGGCAACCUGUGGGAACUGUUGCCAGAGACGCAUCCCGGCGAGCUCACACUCACGCGCGAACUCGAGAAGGGCGCGGGUAACGUCGCCGUUUCUGGCUCGCUCGUCCUGCUGCUUGAAGCGUUCGGCGCGCCUCGCACUUCGCCAGUCCAGCCGGGCAAUCCCCCACUUUCAGCUGUCGCCUCUCCGCAGAACCCUCAUCUCGCACCGGUCGGCGCCAUCCCGGUAACGUCGAGCGGCUUCAUCCAGCCAUCCCUUCACCAGCCGACACAGCUCUCCGCUCCCGCUCAUCCGGCCUACAUUGCAGCAAUACCUCCAGUACACGUCACGCAUCCCACUCUGUCAGCAGCCUCCUCGAACCGCCCUCGCGCCUACGCUCAACCUCGUCCUUUCCCCCUCGCCUCGACCCUAAACGCCGAUGCGGCCGCAGCUUCUGCGACGACCGUCCACCGACGCAUGACGCUCGCCGAACAUCGUCGCGGCGCUGCAGCGGUAAGUGCAGUCGACGAAGCGCUCGGAACCGACCUCGCGCCUCCCACGCCCUCUUCCGAAGUCCUCGACGACCCUCUCGCCCAACUUUCGGUCUUGACUUCCGCCCGUCCGACCUCUCAAGCCGAUCCGCUCGGUCCUCUCCCAGAAGGCUGGGAAGCCCGCACGGCACCAAACGGCAAGACGUACUUUGUCGACCACCGCGAACGGAAGACGACGUGGCAUGAUCCGAGGAAGGCGGCGCAGCGCGCGAGGGCGAGAGCGGAGAGGGAGGCCAGGAGGCAGGCGGCAAUGGCGGCUGUUGCGGCGGCGGCGGGAGAAGGGGCGGUCGUUGCAGGAAGUGGGGAGGUGUCGACAACAGGGACGCCUUCGACGUCAGCGCCGACGCCUGAGCAGCCAGCAGCCCCUUCAUCGGCGACGUCGGCCGUUCCGCCUUCCUCUUCUGCAUCCGCAACGACGUCCACAGCGAUCGCCGAGUCACCGGCCACGCCUGCGGACAACGCGGCUCUCGAAGUCAGCGACGAACAGCUUGGUCCGAUCCCGUCCGGCUGGGAAAGACGGACGACACCGAGCGGGCGGGCUUACUUUGUCGAUCACAACACAAAAACAACGACGUGGGACGACCCUCGAGUCCCGUCGCUCAACCCGGAAAGCGACAAGGGCAAGCGCGACUUCCGCCGCAAGCUCGUCUACUUCCGCUCGCAACCCGCGCUUCGUCCCCCACCCGCAACAGGCGGCUGUCGCCUGAUCGUCCGUCGCGCAAACCUCUUCGAAGACGCGUUUGGCGAGGUCAUGAAGUACUCGCCUGAGGAUCUGAAGAAGCGGUUGAUGGUGACGUUCAAGGGCGAGGAGGGCGUCGACUUUGGCGGUGUCAGCAGGGAGUUCUUCUUCCUCCUCUCGCACGCAGUUUUCGACCCUAGCUACUGCUUGUUCGAGCCGACGGAAAAGACCAGCUAUACCCUCCAGAUCCACCCAAACAGCGGCAUAAACCCCGAGCACCUCGACUACUUCACUUUCGUCGGUCGCGCAGUCGGCAUGGCCAUCUUCCACCGGCGCUUCCUGGACGCUCACUUCGCCACGAGCAUCUACAAAGCGUGUCUUGAUCGCCCGAUUGGCCUCGAAGACAUGGCUACAAUCGAUGCGCAAUUGUGGCAGAGCCUGACCUGGAUGGCCGAAAACGACAUCACGGAUGUCCUCGACCUCGACUUCACCUCUCAAUACGAAUCCUUCGGCACGCUCGAAACGUGCGAACUCAUGCCCGACGGGGCAAACGUUCCCGUGACGGAGGAGAACAAGCACGAGUACAUCCGGUUGCUGUGCGAGCAUCGUUUGAAGGGAAGGGUCGAGGCGCAGCUUGAGGCGCUCAAGAGGGGGUUGGGGGAGAUUGUGCCGCUGAAGGAGCUGAGGGUGUUUGAUGAGAAGGAGCUUGAGCUAUUGAUCGGCGGCGUCGAGACGAUCGACGUGCAAGACUGGGAGGCGCAUACCGACUACCGAGGCUACACCGCAACGGACCAAGUAGUCCGAUGGUUCUGGCAGGCCGUCAAAUCCUGGCCGGCCGAGAAACGCUCGCGUCUCCUCCAAUUCUCAACGGGCACGAGCCGGACCCCUCCGAACGGGUUCCGCGACUUGCAGGGGAGCGACGGGCCGAGGAGGUUCACGAUUGAGAAGGCGGUGGGAGGGGGGAAGGGGGCGUUGCCUAAGAGUCAUACGUGCUUCAACCGCAUCGACUUGCCGCCCUACGAAUCACUCGAGAUUCUCGAAUCGAAACUCCUUUUCGCACUCGAAGAAGGCGCAAGCGGGUUCCAUGUCGAGUAA